AACAAUAGACUCCACAAUAUUCCACUCAUUACCCUCGAAGAACAAUCAACAACAUGUAUUCUAAGAUCGCUCUAGUCGCCUGCCUUGUUGGUCUGGCCCAGGCCGGAGGCUUGCUGAGCCAAGGAUACGCCAACAGUGGAUGGAACGCCAAUGCUGGAUACGCCAAUAACGGAUGGAACGCCAAUGCUGGUUACGCCAAUAAUGGAUGGAACAACGCAAACGCUGGUGGUUGGAGUAACGGAAUCGCAAACAGCGGUUGGAACAACGGCUACAGCGGCGCGUCAUACGGAGGCCAUGGAAACCUAGGCUCUGCGGUGUCUCACGUGUCUAUAGUUAAAGAAAUCUCCGGUUCAGUACCCUACAACGCAGGUUACGGUCACGGUGGUCAAGGAUACGGAGCUGGUAUUGGCGCUGGCAUUGGCUAUUCAGGUCACGGCUAUUCUGAUGCCCCAGCCACCUCAUACGUGUCCCAAUACAGAGCUCCAGCUCACGGUUCUGGCUAUGCUGGCGCAGCCGGCUACGGCGGUGGCUAUGGAGCUGGCUACGGCAGUGGCUACGGAGCCGGCUAUGGCCACGGCUACUCAGGGGCGCCCGCUACCUCCUACGUGAACCAGUACUCGGUCUCCUCAGGUCACGGUUCCGCUGGUGCAUACGGCGCGGCUUCAUCCGGAUGGAACAAGUGGUGAAAAUAUUUAACUUAAAACUUUUGUAGGUACCUGAUUGAUACUCAAAUGCUUGUGAUAUUAG